UUCACCUCCAUAUCGAUGUAUAACCAAUGAACGCUGAUUUCUUCUGCCUUGAGGUUAGAGUUACCUGUAGUUGGACUUACCCUCAUCUUGGACUUGCCCUUAGGCCAGAUUGGAUACAAUUGACCCCCGUACAAAGAACGAAGAUGAUCAAGUUUCCAGAUCUGGAAUGUCUUCCCAUGAUUCCCAUAUCUAUACACUCCAUGAGCGACCAAAGCUAGUUGAAUCCACAUCGAGCCAUGGCCCAAACUUUGUCAGUCUCAUUAUCACCGUGCCGAGGGUCUCCGCUCCACUUGUCUGCCAUUGUCGUACUUGCGGUAGAUCCGGCGGUGGCUCCUCCAUAAACUACGUCCUCCCCGAAGCAGAUGUCACAUUCAAAGACCCCCAUUCCAGUCUAAAAGCAUACGAGGAUACAAACACAGUCAGCGGAAACCGCAUCCAGCGCAAAUUCUGCUCGAACUGCGGUAGUCCUGUCCUUACAGGGGGUCCCAGCCUUAUUGUGAAGGCUUCUUUGUUCGAUGUCAUCUCUCGGCUUGAUAUAGAGGUAUUUACGGAUCAGAGGCAGGAGUGGGAGGGGCCUGCUGAGGGGGCGAAGCAGGCUUAUUGAUUUGUAAAGGCGGAGCAGGUGUUUGGUAAAGACAUAGUGAGCGUUUGGUGCUGAGAGUAGAGCUGGAUUGGGUAUGUUCUAGAUGGCUACAUCCAAGAUCACACUUCUAAGGCAGGGUUAUCAAGGAGUGGUGCCGAGAAUAUGAG